AUAAGUUCCAAUAAAGCACAAGAAAUUCAUGUGUGAUUUCCUGAACGACUUGCAAGUUGGACGUGCAGUCAACGGGCAUUUUUGUCACUAUACAAAGAGUUGUAACACAGUAAAUUGAGCGAAAAUGUUGAUCAAAGUGAAGACACUGACUGGCAAAGAGAUUGAAAUUGACAUCGAGCCAACAGACAAGGUUGAAAGGAUAAAGGAGCGAGUUGAAGAAAAAGAAGGCAUACCUCCACCUCAGCAGAGACUCAUCUUUAGCGGCAAACAAAUGAAUGACGAUAAGACAGCUCAAGACUACAAGGUCCAAGGCGGCUCGGUGCUUCACCUCGUCUUGGCCCUGAGGGGAGGGUUGCUUUGACCCACAGCAACUGAUAGAGAACUUGGAUGCAAAUGCCCCACAAUCAACUGCGCAUCGAUCGCUACUCAACUAAAAUGUGGGAGUGGCUUGGAGGGGUAAGGGGGGAGGGGAUUGUCACACAAGAGGCAACAGCUUUGAAAUGUUAUUUUCAUGAUUAAUACAGCAUGCAUCUGUGUAUGUAGUGGCCACAAUGUUAAACCAUCCCUGAU